GUGAAAACGAUCAGGAGAUAGCCGCCGAUCCCAACAUGGUGCAGCGUCUCACUUACCGCAAACGCCAUAGCUAUGCCACCAAAUCAAACCAACAUCGGGUUGUCAAAACCCCUGGUGGGAAGCUAGUGUAUCAGACCACCAAGAAGAGGGCAAGUGGACCUAAAUGCCCUGUUACUGGCAAGAGAAUCCAAGGGAUUCCCCACUUGAGGCCUGCUGAAUACAAGAGGUCUAGAUUAUCUAGGAACAGAAGAACUGUUAACCGGGCUUAUGGUGGAGUUCUGUCUGCAGGGGCAGUAAGGGAAAGGAUCAUCAGGGCUUUUCUUGUUGAAGAACAAAAGAUUGUGAAAAAGGUUCUGAAGAUCCAGAAAGCCAAAGAAAAGACCGCUUCAAGGAGUUAGAUGUCAGAAUGCAUCUGAGUCGGUAUUCUUUCAACCGUCAGAGUAAUUUUGGAUACAACCCACCAUGUGAAAUGUGAGUUAGUCUGUGAGGUGUGUCUUGAAUAUGUAAUCGAGCCACUUUUGCCUCUACUUUGUCGUUAAUCAAAACAUUUCUAGGUUUUGUUUACAACUUAUUAAAUCUUUUGGGAUUCUUUCACUCUUAUAUUUACUUUUGAAUUUGGUUUUUUCAUUUAA